CGUGUACACCAGAACAGUCGGAAGCUAUGCCGAUAUUCGUUGAUGCUUUUAUAACUGAAUGCAGGAAAUGUUCUAAUAAUCUAAAGGAAAAUUUGGAAAUAAAAAACGAAUGGUACAAAACAAAUCAACCAGAGAAAUGGAAACUAAUUGUUGCGAAGUUGAACGAGUUAAAAAGAAGUACGCACCUCAAUAACUGCUGGCAAUAUUAAUGGAUCUUCUGAUACUUGUUAUCCUCGAAUUUUCCCAAUUAAUCAAUGCAAAUAUAAUAAAGCAUAAUUAAUUGUUGUGAAUUUAAUUAAUAAAUCAGAGUCGGGGUGCUCGAUAAAGUUACCACAUA